CGGCCAGACGGGCCGCGGGAGCCCGGCGGGCGGCAGCGGACAGACGGACAGACGGACGGGCAGACGGAUGGACGCAGCGGGCGACGGCGGGCUGGGAGCCCCGCAGGCGCCGGGAGCCGCGCCGGGGGCCUCCUCGCCGGCAGACGCCGCGGCGCUCAGCGGGGAAACUGAGGCAGUCGCCAGCGAGCCGCGACCGGGCAGCGCGUGGCUCGGCCGGCGCCUGGAGGAGCUGCCCACGCCGGCGCUGGCCGUGGCGGAGGCGACGGCGCGGCGCAACGCCGAGCGCAUGCGGGAGCGCUGCCGGGCCCUGGGCGUCCGCCUCCGGCCCCACGUCAAGACCCACAAGACGCUCGAGGGCGCCGCGCUGGCCACCGGCGGCACGCGCCGCGGCAUCGCCGUCUCCACGCUGGCCGAGGCGCGCUUCUUCGCCGCCGCCGGCUUCGACGACAUCCUCUACGCGUACCCGGUGCCCGGCGCGCGCCUCCGGGAGUGCGCGGCGCUGGCCCGGCGCCUCCGCGCCUUCCAGGUGCUGCUCGACAGCCCCGCCGGGCUGGCCCUGCUGCGCCGGCGCCCGCUGGGCCCCGGCAAGCGCUGGCUCGCCUGGCUCAAGCUGGACUGCGGCAACGGCCGGGCCGGCGUGCAGCCCAGCGACCCCGGCGCCCUGGAGCUGGCGCGGGCCAUCGCGGAGGAGGCGCCCGACGAGGUGACGCUGGUCGGGGUGUACGCGCACUGCGGGGACACCUACCGCUGCGGCAGCGUGCCUGAGAUCCAGGCCGUCGCCCGCGCCACCACCACCGCCGUGCUCGACUUCGUGGCCACGCUGCGGCAGGCCGGCGUGCCCUGUCCCGAGGCCAGCAUCGGCUCCACGCCGUCCUGCAGCCACCCGGUGCCGGAGAUGGCCCGGCUCACCGAGCUGCACCCGGGCAACUACAUCUUCUACGACCUGCAGCAGACGCUGCUGGGCUGCUGCCGGCCGGAGGACGUGGCGCUGCGCGUCCUCACCCGCGUCGUCGGCCACUACCCGCGCCGCAACCAGCUGCUGGUGGACUGCGGCUGGACGGCGCUGAGCCUCCACGGCCAGGGCCAGCUGCCCACGGGCUUCGCCGCCGUCGAGGGCCACCCCGAGCUCAGGCUGGUGGGGCUGACGCAGGAGCACGGGCAGCUGGAGCCCGCCGCCGGCCCGCUCGACUUCGGCCGCUUCCCCGUCGGCACCGUCCUGGCGCUCAUCCCCUUCCACGCCUGCGCCACCGCCGCCAUGCACCCCGUCUACUACGUGCACGCCGAGGGCAAGGUGGUGGCUCUGUGGCACCCCGUGCGCGGCUGGUAGGAGCCAAGCGGCUGCGCCCGCCCCACCGCGCAGCGCCGGGGCCUCGCGCCGCCGCCGCGCAAUAAAGCUGCUGCUGCUGCUCCCGUU